GGAUUCAUGUCUCUGCUGCUGACAUGUUUUCAGCAUGGCGAGCGUCGAAGAACGAGAUGGGGAAGAAGAACAGCACUACGGCAUCCUUCUCUACUACAAGUACGCCCAUGUUCCUGACCUCGGUGACCUCUUCUCUUUCUACGAUUCCAAUUGCAACUCACUCCGCCUUCUGGGUCGCGUCCGUCUUUCACCUCACGGCGUCAACGUUACCGUUGGUGGGAAGUUAUCGUCCUUGGAGAAACACAUUGAAGCAGUCAAGUUGAACAGUUUAUUCGAGGGGACUGAUUUCAAGCUUGCGUCUUGUCAUCACCCCUUAAAUGAUAAAGUUGCCAAAGAAUGCGGAUUCACAUCUCUCUGCAUCCGGGUUGUCAAGGAAUUGGUUACUUUUUCUUCUCAUCCUCUGUUGAAAUCCCCAGAAAUUUCCAAUGCUGGGAGACAUCUCUCAGCUACUGAGUUCCAUUCUGUUCUUCAGAGUGCUGGUGAUAUAGAAAAAGCGAGUCAAAGACUCAUUUUAUUGGAUGCAAGGAAUUUGUAUGAGACAAGAAUCGGAAAGUUCCAUACUCCAUGCGUGGAAACUUUGGAUCCAGGAAUCAGGCAAUACAGUGAUCUACCUUCCUGGAUAGAUGAUAAUUCUGAGAGGUUGCGAGGUAGUCAUGUCCUUAUGUACUGUACAGGAGGAAUAAGGUGUGAGACAGCAUCUGCUUACAUUAGGUCAAAAGGUGCUGGUUUUGAGAAUGUAUUCCAGUUGUAUGGUGGAAUACAACGUUAUUUAGAGCAAUUUCCAGAUGGUGGCUUUUUCAGGGGAAAGAAUUUUGUUUUCGAUCAUCGGAUGUCAGUUGGGAGCACAGAUGCAUGUGUUAUGGGUGCUUGCCUUCUGUGUGCUUCUCCUUUUGAUGAUUAUUCUUCACGUUGCCGAUGUACCUACUGCAGAAUGCUUGUUUUGGUCUGUGAUGGUUGCCAGCAGAAGAAAGGUUUCCUAUAUGUUUGUGAGCUAUGCCAGAAACACUAUGAAGGGUCAGUUAUAUCAAUUGAUUAUAACAACACAAUUGUAUCAGCUGAUAAUGGCGAAAAUAAAACAAUGUCUGUGGCGAUGGAGCUUGAAGCUGUUUCCAUGUCAGAUUGUAUCGCACGUGCACCUGAAUUCCUACUGCAACAUGGUACAGAUCCCUCAAGGAAACUGAGAAUCUUAUGCUUGCAUGGGUUUCGACAGAAUGCAUCCAGUUUUAGAGGAAGAACUGCAUCACUAGCAAAGAAACUCAAGAACAUUGCUGAGUUGAUUUUUAUUGACGCCCCUCAUGAGUUACCUUUUAUUUAUCAAUCUGGUCCAACAGAGCUGCAUGGUAAUUGUAGAUUAUCUUUAUUACAACAAAGUCCCCCACCAUUGCAGAACUGCAGGAGAAAGUUUGCAUGGUUUGUAGAACCCAAUUUUAAAGGAAUAAGUGGAAAUGAUUGGAAGAUGGCAUGCAAUCCAUUUGAUCCUCUCCAGUACGAGCAGCAAACUGAUGGAUUUGAUGAAUCUCUCAAGUAUUUGAAGACUGUCUUCUCUCAGAUAGGCCCAUUUGAUGGGGUCUUGGGAUUUUCUCAAGGAGCAGCUAUGGCUGCACUGUUAUGUGCACGAGAAGGAAGGUUAGCGUAUGAAACUCGUGUUAGGUUUGUGAUUUUGUGCUCCGGGUUUGCUCUUAAUUUAGCACAGUUCGAGCGUGGAUCAAUCAAAUGCCCUUCCCUUCAUAUCUUUGGCAAUGACAUUGGUAAAGAUAGGCAAAUAUCAAGCGAAGCUAGCCGAAAUCUUGCUUCGUUCUUUGAAGAUGGCUGCUCUGUAAUUAUGGAACAUGAUGCUGGUCAUAUAAUCCCCACUCGAUCUCCGUAUAUUGAUGAAAUCAAAGAUUUUCUUCGACGCUUUACUUGAUAUCCCAUUUUUGGAGUUUAAUGUGCUUUGAUGUUCCACCUUUGACCCUAAGAGAUUCAUUGAUUUGUGGAGUUCUUUUGCUGUUCCCGCAUUAUGUAGGUCUAAACUUUACACAUGGUCACAUCAUGAAAUGCGUCCUUGUAAUGGUUUUCUUAGGUGUUCUAGCAUAAUUGUACCUUUUAUAGUUCAUUUUUCAUUUGCAAAUGAACACGCCAAUUUUUGAUACAA